AUGCGUCGCGUCGUGGUGACGGGUCUGGGUGCGGUCACCCCGCUAGGCGUGGGUGUGAGACGAACGUGGAAACGUCUGUUGGAGGGCCAUUGCGGUAUUGUCAAUGUAACCGAGCGCGAUGCGCGCUUCAAGGAGGUGCCCUGCCAGAUUGCGGCUGUUGUGCCGCGGGGAAAGAAGGAGGACGGGGCGUGGACGGCGUCGGAAUGGCUGAGUCGAGGUGAAGAGCGUGUGAUGGCCAAGUUCGCGCAGUACGCAAUGGCUGCGACGGAAGAGGCUCUUGAGGACGCGGGAUGGAAGCCGACGCUGUUUGAGCAGAGAGAAGCGACGGGAGUGUGUCUUGGCUCGGGCAUUGGCAACUUCGAUGAGAUCUACGACACGGUCGUUGCAUAUGAAAAAGGGGGUUACAAAAAAGUGAAUCCUCUAUUCGUCCCCAGGCUGUUGAUCAAUCUCGGGGCGGGCCAUAUCUCCAUGAGAUAUGGGUUCAUGGGACCAAACCACGCUGCAACGACUGCCUGUACAACUGGCGCUCAUUCGAUCGGUGACGCAGCACGGUUCAUUGCCUGCGGCGAUGCCGAUGUCAUGGUCGCUGGCGGUGGCGAGUCUUGUAUUCAUCCUUUGGCCAUUGGCGGCUUUGCUCGAGCACGGAGUCUCGCAACGGAGUUCAAUGAUGCACCCGAGAAAGCAUCGAGGCCCUUUGAUGCCGACCGCAAGGGCUUUGUUGUGGGUGAAGGCGCAGCUAUAAUGAUUCUCGAGGAACUAGAGCAUGCUCGCGCUCGGGGUGCCCGUAUCUACGCUGAGCUGAAAGGCUAUGGCUGCUCUGCCGACGCACACCAUAUGACCGCCCCGAAGGAGAACGGCGAGGGUGCUUUUAUGGCCAUGAAAAAAGCACUGAAGCAAGCUCAGCUGGCCCCCGCAGCAGUGGAUUACAUCAAUGCACAUGCAACAUCGACUAUCGUCGGCGAUGCUGCCGAGAACGCGGCAAUCAGGACGCUUCUCCUAGGGCCAGAAGGCAAGCAGAAACCCGCAGAUGUGAACAUCAGUAGCACCAAGGGCGCGGUGGGUCAUCUGCUGGGCGGUGCUGGAGCCGUGGAAGCUGUCUUUAGUGUCAUGGCUAUUGAGCAUAAUGUCAUGCCGCCCACUAUCAACUUGGACCGCUUGGCGGAUGGAUUUGACUGCAACUAUGUAGCGAACGAGCCACAGUCGAGAGAGAUCGAUGUCGCUUUGACGAAUAGCUUUGGCUUUGGCGGGACUAAUAGUAGCCUCUGCUUUGCUAGACUGGGAAAAUAA